AUUGCAUUAGUACUAUUGUAGGACUAGCCCUCUGGACAAAGAACUUGUCUGGGGCGAAGGCAUACUUGUCUGGAUCUUAACAUCUGCAUUGUUUUAUUGUUCAGAAUAAUGCGAAAUUUUUAAUCCGCUCUAGGCUUGUGUAACAUGAGUUUAUGGUACAGCAUAACCCAAGCUAUUCCUGUUCAGGAUCCGUCUACACAUUCGGAGGUGGUCUGAAUGGCCAAUUGGGUCAUGGACAGGAUGUACGCUAUCUGCAGAACCCUCGUCUUCUUCACCGUGAUCAUUUUAACGGAUGUCGUAUUUCUUUAAUUCAAUGCGGGGAACAGUAUAGUGCUGCCCUUACUGAGAAUGGCCAGUUGUACAUGUGGGGGAAGAAUAGUCAAGUGAUUCCGCUAAAGGACGAAUCAAAGAGCAGCUUAUAUGUCCCUGAAAGGGUUGACAUUGGUGAAAAGCGUUUGCGGCUGUUAGCAUGCGGUUCAUGGCACGCCAUCGCAGUCACAGGAGUACCAGAGUGCCACGGUUGGCCAGAAGAGUUCUCCGAGUCAGAGGUCGACGAUAUCAGUGAUACAGAAACGAUGUCAUCAUCUUAUAGCAGAGAGAGUACUCAAAGCGAAAUGCAGACAAUAUUCAAGCAAGAUGAUGAGUGUGGCCAAGAUUUAAUACCAGCUCCUAAAACUAACCUAGGGCGGCAGAAGACGGUUUUAAGCCUUGCAGAGUUUUACGCCCCUACACCAGGCCCUGUUCCACCAUUACUAAGAAGCAUACCACAUAGUUGUGAAAGUCCUAAUCAAAACUUUAAAAAAUCUGAGGACAGUGAGGAAGAAACGGUAUUUCUCAAUGCCGGUGAUAUCUUGGAAUACCAAAGUGCAAGGCAUUCAGUCAUGAUAGACAACACGAGCUGUUCAGACAUGGUAGAAAGCAUCAUUAUUGACAAGCCUGACAAUUUGGAAGAAUGUACGAAUGUUGACGUGCUAAAAUCAAACAGACCAUCCCCGAGACAGUUAAGGAAACCAGUUCUUAGGCCUAAGCCACCGCUUAUGUCACGUUCACAGACCUUUGCAGAAACAGUAAGUAACAGAGAGGUAAAGCAGUCACCAGUUCAUGUAAGCAGGUCAGGUGUGGUUGACUUUAACUAUGUAGAUAGCUUUAGGUCAUCUAAGAAAGCUGCAAAAAAGCCCGAACUAGGCUUAGCGAUGGUUCAUCUCCAAGGAAAUGCAAAAGGAGACGUCAUAAGUCUGCGUAAUCAUCCAGCUAUGCAUCAGCCUCCGAAGUUAACAAAGGCUCAUACCAUAUAUGGACGAUAUAAAAUGUCACAACGUGCUGGAUCUCAUGGCGUUAAAAAAAAUUCUCCAAUAUUUGACCGUCAAAAGUUUACCUCUGACCCAAAACCAAGUCAGCAAGUGAAGAAAGCUUCUCAGUCAGGCUCAUUUUUUGAACUUUCACCUCAAGCGUCGAGGACUGGUAAGGCCUUCAUGCCGAGAAAGCCACUGAGUUUGACUAGGAAACCUGUAUUCUCUUCUGCUUCUUCAUGGAAAUCCCGUACAAAACCUGGAACAUGGGUAGUUGGUGAAGCAGUGAGAAAAAAAGAAGACAAAAACUGAAAAAAAAAAACAAAUGAAAUACCGUAAUUAUUCGAUUAAUCGCCCCAAGGCGUUUAUUGCCGGGACAGGGUAUUUGUUGGGGGGGGUGUUUUUUCGAGGGAGGCGUUUAUUCGUGGGAGGUGUUUAUAUUUUUUUUGCUGUAAAAUGGAUAUAUUUGUGCUCAAAUAAACGCCCCUUCAUUUUACUGUAAACAUGCAACUACAACCCAUAAUUAUGGUCAAAAUGUUAUGCGUUAUCAUAAAUACCUAAAAAUCAUUUCAUCGAAAAAAAAUGUAAUUUUACUUAAGUAGAACAUGAAUAGAAUGUGUUGAGAAUGAUGUCGCUUCCAUUAGAUUUGUUUACUGUCAUUUGUGGGGGAAUUUAUUUGAAGAAGAAAUAAACUCCUCGGGGCAUUUAUUCGAGGGAGGCGUUUAUUCCAAAUGAGGCUCAAGGGGGACAUUUAUUCGAGGGGGCGUUUAUUCAAAGAGGGGCGUUUAUUCAAAUAACUAUGGUAUGUAAUUUUAGAAACUGUCUGUGUUGAGACACCUGAACAAAUAAAUUUUAUAUUUUGAUAGCUUGCUCUCUAUGAUUUGAGUAAAUUGUUAGCUUUGAAUUGAAAAUUAGAAUGAUAAAAAAUAUUUCCUUUACCAAAUUACGUAAAUAAUUCUGCUCUUCUUUGAAUAGACCCAGAAGUAAAUCAGCAAAAUCUAAAAUACAUUGUUUUAACCUGUACCUUAUUGUUAGUUGAUAACUUAUUUGAACUUAAAUUCAAACAAUUCCAUCUGGUUUCUAUGCUAAAAUAGGUAAGUAGAACAAAGCUUUUAAGUGACACCAAAUGUGUGUUUAAAUGACGGGUCAAAAACGUCACAUAAAAUGCAUACUAAUUUGGUUUACUUCACAAAUUGUUCUACUUAUUUAUUUGGUCUUUUUAAAUGCAAAUAUAUAAAUACACACACACAUAU